UAAAACUAAAAAUCUACGAAACUUACUUUAAGUACUUACUGCUUAUUGAGUGAAAUUUAUCGUUAAAUAAAUAGUCGCAGCCUACUCGAUUCGUAACGAUCUUACAACCAAAAUGGUGCGUGCAAUAGAGAUAUAUAGCUGGUCCUUUAUUUUAUUUAUAAGCUUACUCACGAGUAACGCCGAUAAGAAUUACACCUUGUACAAAUUAGUAGCAUUAACUAAAAGGGACAGGCAAACAUUGUACAUUAUUCAUAGAAACUAUGACCAUAGCUAUUUUUUAAAUGGAGUUACAAAUGAAGCAGCCAUACCAAUGCAUGUUGUAGUUGAAGACAAGUAUAUGACGGAAUUUGAGGGUAUAGUUAACAACAGUGAUACUUUAUUCACAAAGUAUAAGCAGUUUCAUUUUGCCCCACAACUGAUUGAAGAUGCAUGGGAUUCGGGAGAACUAACUGACGAUAAUAUCAUUUAUAAAGGAUUUCAAGAUUUUUCGACAAUACAAAAACUGUAUCAGUACUGGGAAAACAAAUAUACGAAAAAAAUUGAAAAAAUUGUUCUUGGCAAGACACAUGAAAAAAAGGAUAUUGUAAUUUUAAAAGUUCCUGGUAAUGAAUCAAAUGGACAUAAAAAUCCAGCCAUUUUUAUCUUAGGCGGGGAGGCAGGUCUGGACUGGAUUUCACCAGCCCUGGUGCUUGCUUAUAUGAAAAGUCUUCUGGAUGAAAAAUUCCAUCCAUUUACAAAACGAUUUGAUGCAUAUUUCCUCCCAGUACUAAAUCCCGAUGGUUACACUUACAGUUUGUACAGAGAUCGUUUUUGGGCUAAGAAUAGAAAAAUCAUUCAGCCACGAAUAUUGUGCCACCCGAAUCUCGCCAGAGGAGUCAACCUUGAUAGGAACUGGUUACACAAAGCAAAAGGUGAGAGAGCCUGUGGUACUAUGUUCUUAGAUAAUGCUCUCUCAGAAUAUGAAACAUAUAAUCUGUCAGAAUUCCUGGAUCAGAUAGCACCAAAUACCUUGGCUUUCUUCAAUGUCAAAGGAUUUGAUAAUUUAAUAACUACACCUUAUGCUUAUGGAAAUAAAGUGCAAAAUAAUAUGGAUACUAUUAGGGAAAUACUACGGCAAACAACUCGAGACUUGAAUGCAAAGUUCAACAAGUCCUAUUACUAUGGGACUACCAGAAGUCUUCUGUUUAACUAUACUGGAAACUGUGCAGACUGGGUGAAGGAAAAUUUAAAUGUGCCUGUAGUAGUUACCUUCUACUUAACUAACAUUGAUAAUGUUUUGCCAGAAGCAUCUGAUAUUGGUCCAUUGCAUUAUGAGUUUGCAAGGGGAAUAAAUGAAAUCCUCUCAUUCACUAUUGAUCUUUACGGGCCACUAUUCAAUCAACAAUGUGGACAAGAAUACAUGAUUAUAUUACUACUACUGAAUGUUAUUAUAAUAUUUUGAUUUCUGAUUGAUAAGAUAAUUUUGAUAACAGUAAAUGUUUAAGUUCCA